CAUCACAAAGGUUUUGCAUUUUUGGAAUAUGAGAUUCCGGAAGCGGCGCUGCUGGCACAGGAAUCCAUGAAUGGUGUACUGAUGGGCGGCCGUAAUCUCAAGGUUAAUGUUCUAGUCACUGUGGUUAAAAUUCCCUUUUUCGUUACGGGACCUUUGGUUACAGCUGGCAAUUGUCACGUGUACGUCGCAUCGGUUCAUCCCGAUCUCUCGGAAUCCGAUCUCAAAAGUGUAUUCGAAGCAUUCGGUGAAGUAACAAAAUGUCAGCUUGCACGAGCUACUGGCCCAAAUGCUGGCAGUGGACACAGGGGUUUUGGAUAUUUGGAGUUCAGUAAUGCGCAGUCGGCGGCCGAAGCCAUUGCUGGCAUGAACAUGUUCGACUUGGGCGGGCAAUUUUUGCGUGUCGGCAAAUGUAUCACUCCGCCGGACGCACUAACAUACAUUGUUCCCACUUCGACAGUCAAUCUGCCCACUGCUGCUGCUGUUGCGGCUGCUGAAGUUACUGCUAAGAUUCAAGCGGAAGAAAUGACGGCCAAGAAAUCGCCGAUUACGUCGAUAGUCACCGGCAAAUCAUCGCCAUCUGUAAGCCCUUCGAUUUUUUUUAAUAAUUUCAAGGGAAUAACUGUUCUCGAGAAAACAGCAGCUAGUCGAGAAACAUGCAUUAAUUGUAGAAAUACCAACACAAUUAGGAAAACUGGAAAAAAUUAG